AUGGCGAUUGCAGUAUCGACCUUCUGUACGCCCCGGGCCUCCGUCGACGACUUCGGAUCGACAAAUUCCACAUCUCCCAUCGUUGGGAAAAACAUCAGCAGUUUCAAGUUCCCCCAUUUCAGCACGUACGCUGGACAGUUUUAUGAGGGACUCAGCCAUAGGAGAAGGCAGAUUAAGUCUCUGCUAGAUGCCGACGGUACCGAAAACAAUGCUCAAGUCUGGCAGGAGUUCUCGCACUGGCGUAUCGAUCAAAUGCCUUCUGCCCCAACCUGUCGAAUCUCAGAUACGCCGGAAUUCGAACCGGGAAAGUAUGUUCGUCCUCAGUCUCCUUUCCGUAAAUGGGUGGUCUCUAUACAGAAAAGAAACAAGCAUAGCCUUCCAUCUCGCAAGCUACCUAACCGCGGCCUUCCGUACUGGCUUUGGGUUACUGGCGAGGACUGUGGUACAUCACCACCAUACCACUCGAUUCGGACUAAAUCGUCAUCUGGCUCUUCAUUCAACUUCGUUUCUGCAGUUCGGAGCGCCAGUGCUAGUUUGGCGGGACUCAGUACCGUUACGAGAUCAGGAGCCAACACGGCAUUUUCCAGAUGUGCCUCGCGGGUUGAACAUGGCGCCGGCGCAUUUACGGCUGAACCAAGACAGUCUGAAGAAGUCUCCAUCGAAAGGCCAAUACGACUGGACGCUGACGCUCUCGAUCGGGCUGUGAAGCGUCGCCGAAUAUUGGAUGAGCUAGUUCACACUGAACAAGACUACAUCACUGAUAUAAGGCUGCUUUUGAAUCUGCAUGAAGAAUUCCUGGACGAGCUUCAGCGCGCCGUCUCGCAUUCGGAUUUCAAGGAGUUUUGUCAUCCAGAGGGCGCCACUGGAAUAGCGAGUCUACAGUUUCAUGAUCGAACGCAAGCCUUCGGUUGUGGUGGAGGCGCCAACGUCCACGGCGGCGGGUCAACCAUGGAAACAUCUGAGUUGUGCACGGAACCACAAGUUAUUGUCGAAGUUUCCAAAAUAUUUGAGAGACAGGUAAAGUCCAUUGCCAUUCAUGAGACCAGCGCAGUCUUCUGA